ACAGACAGAAAAAGGUGGCCAUCCGGCAACCCUGCCAAGCAGCUGAUUGCUGCUAGUUGCUGAAAUAUAAAUAACAAAUUUUAUAAAAAUGGUGCGUGUGGGCCUACAGGUUUCCGCCACGCUGGAGAACGUAGACAAGUUGGAGACGUGUCAUCCGGACUACUCCUUCUUCUUGAAACUGAAGUGCAGCAACUGCGGCGAGCAGUCGGACAAAUGGCACGAUAUCACCGAAUCCGAACGUGUGCAGCAGGAUUCGCGCAAUGCGGCCGGCUUUAACUUUUUCAUGAAGUGCAAGAUGUGCAGCCGCGAGAACAGCAUUGACAUCGUGGAUAGGUCGAAUGCUCCUUACACGGCGGACGAUUCUGGAGGAUACAAGACCAUCGUGGUCUUUGAGUGCCGAGGCGCAGAGCCCGUCGAAUUCUCGCCCCGGGUCGGAUGGCGCGUCUCAUCCGCUGAAAAUGGCCAGCAGUUCGAGGAGGUAGACCUCUCCGAGGACGAUUGGGUGGAGUACGACCAGAAGAACAACAACUCUGUGGGCAUUUACGAGUUCGCCUCGAAGUUCAUCAAGCUGAAGAAGUGAAUCCGUUGCUUCAUUUUGCCUAGGAUCUAUUUGAUAUUGGGCUUACGCCUUAAACUAAUAAAUAUAAAAGCCACGACACUCAAAAACAAACAUCCUUUAAGUAAAUAAAAAUGGAUUUUGAAUUGUUUUGUUAACCAUAAA